ACCUUGUUCAAUAGGCAUUGUACUAUCGUUGUAUUUUUUGGGGGGAACACACUGCCGAAGGUGUGGUAUACUAAUAAUACUUUGGAGAGUAUGAGGUCUUUGAAAACCAUGCAGCUGUACUCUUACAUACAGUACUUGGGUCAAAUGAUCAACAAUUAUUGUUUUUUCUCUGGCACACGACUACCAGAUAGGCCGCGCGGGUGUAUGUACUACGCGCCAUGUGGAACCGAAGACGCCCUUUACUCACAGUUCAUACUAGCGAACUUUAGCUAGCUAGUAACUACAUAUCGCUUGCACUGCUAGGCUAAGUUUUGUUCCACAUCCAGGGCCACGAUGAGGCUGGCUACCGUUCUCUUCUCCUCGACCCUUCUGCUAGCAGCUAACGCAGCAUCUGCAAGCGGGGCAGAUUACAUUCGCGCUCAUGGCGCUCAAGGAGUCAAUCUCUGGAGGCUAGCCACUCGAGAAAGAGAAAGACAGAAGCUCGGCCAACUUGAAAGACCAGCUCUACUCGUCCAGGAUAACGCCAACAUCGGAUUUAUAGCGGACACCGAGGAACCCAACGAGUUCCCAGAUCAAUGGUUCACGCAGCCAAUAGACCACUUUUCCGACUCCUCGGACACAUUCCAGCAGCGGUACUGGAUCAAUACCCGUCAUUAUACCCCAGGCUCCGGUGGCCCUGUGAUCGUUUUGGAUGGCGGUGAAACGAGUGGCGAGGAUCGUAUUCCUUUCUUGGACACCGGUAUUGUAGAGAUUUUGGCCAAGGCGACAGGAGGAGUCGGAGUCGUGCUUGAACACCGUUAUUAUGGAAAGUCUAUCCCCGUCUCAGACCUGUCCACAGACAACCUGAGAUGGUUGAACAAUGACCAAGCUGCUGCUGACUCGGCCCGUUUCAUGGCGAACGUGACGUUCCGUGGCAUCAACGACGAUUUAACAGCUCCAAAUACUCCUUGGAUAUACUAUGGCGGUUCGUACGCAGGCGCUCGCGCAGCGCAUAUGAAAAUCCUAUACCCCGAACUCGUCUACGGCGCAAUCGCUUCUAGCGGCGUGACGCAUGCCUCGUUAUCAAACUGGGAAUAUUAUGAGAUCAUCCGGAACGCUGCAGACCCCACAUGCUCUGGGCAUCUCCGGCACGCUGCCCUGGCAAUCGACGCCCUCCUUAGCGUGCCCUAUACGAAGCACUAUAUCAAAACUUUGUUCGGUCUUCAAGAUCUCAUACACGACGAUGAUUUUGUCUCCGUUUUAGAGGCCCCACUUGGUUACUGGCAAGCUAAAGUCUGGGACCCUGCCGUAGGCAGCACCAAAUUUGACGAGUUUUGCGCUUUCCUGGAUAAGCCUAUCUUUGGAAACAGCAGCCUCUCAUCGUUGCCCUUCGGACAUGAAGACCGCCUCAUUCGCCUGCCUGACGGAAUCCCAAUCGACUUCUCCAUCGUGAACUACGCUGCCUAUAUCAAGGAGAACUAUGUCUCAACAUGCGACACCUCUGUCGAAGAUUGUUUCGGGACCUACGACGACAGCAAGUUCCUGGACACUGGUUUAGACCAGGAAUGGCGGUUGUGGUUAUUCCAGGUCUGUACGGAAUGGGGCUACUUCUCGACCGCCCCUCCUGACCCAACCCACCCACGCAUCGUGUCCAAGUUGUUGACGUUAGAGUACGCCUCGAAGAUUUGCAGACAGGCUUACCCAGCUGGGAAAUACUUUGUUGUACCUCCCAUGCCUAAUGUGACUGCUGUGAACGCAUUGGGUGAUUUCGCUAUUGCUGCUGACAGGCUAGCCAUCAUCGACGGCGAGGUCGAUCCUUGGAGACCUUGUACUCCGCACAGCGAUUACGCAGCUGACCGCGAAGACACCAUUAUCCAACCUUUCAAGAUCAUCCCAAACGCUGUUCAUCACUAUGAUGAGUACGGAUUGAAGAAUAUCAACGAGGAGCCUGAGGAGAUUAGAAAGAUUCAUGAGGAGAUGAUCGUUUUUGUCUUGGAGUGGUUGAAGGAUUUCAAGGCGCCUGGGUCGCGGUGAUUUGUAGACUUAACGCCGUUAACAGGGGUUCGCU